CGUUGACUCCUCCCUCGCCAAGAUGGCGUCUUUGCUGCAAUCCGAGCGGGUUCUCUACCUAGUCCAGGGAGAAAAGAAGGUUCGCGCCCCUCUCUCGCAGCUUUACUUCUGCCGCUAUUGUAGCGAGCUGCGGUCGCUGGAAUGUGUGUCUCACGAGGUGGACUCCCAUUAUUGUCCCAGUUGCUUAGAAAAUAUGCCAUCAGCUGAAGCCAAACUAAAAAAGAACAGAUGUGCCAACUGCUUUGACUGUCCUGGCUGCAUGCACACCCUCUCCACCCGGGCAACAAGCAUCUCCACACAGCUUCCAGAUGACCCAGCCAAGACCACCAUGAAGAAAGCCUAUUACCUGGCCUGUGGAUUUUGUCGCUGGACGUCCAGAGAUGUGGGCAUGGCAGACAAAUCUGUGGCUAGUGGUGGUUGGCAGGAGCCUGAAAAUCCUCACACUCAACGGAUGAACAAACUGAUUGAAUAUUACCAGCAGCUCGCUCAGAAAGAGAAGGUUGAGCGAGAUCGCAAGAAACUGGCACGGCGUAGAAACUAUAUGCCUUUGGCCUUCUCGGACAAAUAUGGUCUUGGAACCAGGCUUCAACGACCACGAGCUGGUGCAACCAUCAGUACCCUUGCCGGACUUUCCCUUAAAGAAGGAGAGGACCAGAAAGAAAUAAAGAUUGAGCCGGCUCAAGCUGUAGAUGAAGUGGAACCUCUACCUGAAGACUAUUAUACAAGACCAGUAAAUUUAACAGAGGUCACCACCCUUCAGCAGCGCCUCUUACAGCCUGACUUCCAACCAAUCUGUGCUUCUCAGCUCUAUCCUCGUCACAAACAUCUUCUGAUCAAACGGUCCCUGCGCUGCCGGAAAUGUGAACAUAAUUUGAGCAAGCCAGAAUUUAAUCCAACUUCUAUCAAAUUCAAAAUCCAGCUGGUUGCUGUCAAUUACAUCCCAGAAGUGAGAAUCAUGUCAAUCCCCAACCUUCGCUAUAUGAAGGAGAGCCAGGUCCUCCUGACUCUUACCAACCCAGUGGAGAACCUCACCCAUGUGACACUCAUGGAGUGCGAUGAGGGGGACCCUGAUAAUAUCAACAGCACUGCUAAGGUGGUGGUGCCGCCCAAAGAGCUGGUGUUAGCCGGCAAGGAUGCAGCAGCAGAAUAUGAUGAGUUGGCAGAACCCCAGGACUUUCAGGACGAUCCUGACGUUAUAGCCUUCCGAAAGGCCAACAAAGUGGGUCUUUUCAUCAAAGUGACCCCACAACGUGAGGAGGGCGAAGUGACCGUGUGCUUUAAGAUGAAGCAUGAUUUUAAAAACCUGGCAGCCCCCAUCCGCCCCAUCGAAGAGGGUGAUCAGAGCACAGAAGUCAUCUGGCUCACCCAGCAUGUGGAACUCAGCUUGGGCCCGCUUCUUCCUUAGAAGGUUUUACUGGUGGGCAGAGCCCAAAGGACAGUAUCACCACAAACCCAUGUUAAAAUGCGGAAGCGCUGCUUCAUCAGGCCUUGUUUAGAACGAUGUACCCAUGCACUACUGAAUCCUGUUCCUGGGAGGGUGGGGGCACAGGCAAGGCAUUGGGAACACUGGGGAAUUGCUGUUCCUCUUGCUCUCACUUCUGUUAACACCAGUAUAUCUAUGUCUCCCUCUCUGAACCCUGCACGUUGAAUAUCAACAGCAUAGUUCCAUCCCAAGAAAGGGGAUGGUUAUUCCUUGGAGUGGCAUUAGAUUUAUCACCUGAGGGACUCUUACAUACUAUCUCCUGAUCUGGUCUCGCAAGGGAUCACAAUCUCACAGAUGAAACUUAAAACGAUAACCGAAGGUAGACCUGCUGGCCAUGAUCCAGCAUUGGUCUCAAUGUACUAACUGCUUUCUGCAUUCCACUAGAUGCAAUCCAGCAGUCUAAACAUAUCCCUUCACUCGCCAUCAUGGCUCCCAUCUUGCCAUAGAUUUCCGUUUGACAGAAAAAUAGAAUUGUCACUUUGUCUUUAGUUUUGUGGUAAUUGGAAAAGCCUGUAAAAUUCUUAAAGCACUCCUACUUACCCUCUUCUUAGUAAAUACGGAUACUUAUUUAUUGGUGGCUCUUAAAAUCUUUUCCCACUGGACUAUGGAACUUUUUCGUUUAAGAAGAAUUUGAGAAGCAAGCACUUACAUGUCAUGUUAAGGAGGGUGGCAAAUUCCGUUCAUUAAAUGUUGCCACAAUAUCACAGGAUUAAUGCUGCCACAGGGAGGCAAUCUUGAUACGUCUUACUCCCUGCCCUUUCUAUGCUCUGCCUCUUUAACACAACAGAUUGUUCUGAGUAUUUGGGACCUGAAACAGCCCAAAGAAAACUUGGUGGACAAGUUCACUUCUGGAAUGCAGAAAACAUUUUAAAGGUCAGAUUUUUAGCAUAAUCUGAACUAACUUUCUUUCCAUUGAUUUGAGGGGGAAAUUAACAAUAAUCUUUUGAAUCCAAAACUGGAUAUUAAGAAAAAGUACCUUUCCAUUUCCUGGGUUUGACUUUUAUCAUAUGUUAUGUCACAGAAGACCAUUUUGAUUAUAAACUACAAAAUAUCUCAGCAAGUAGCCCCGAUUACUUGCCUAACAGCCACGUGCUGUUUCCGAUUGGUAUCCUGGGGUUGGGUUGUUAACCUUAAUUUCUGUGAUGUUUUCUAAAAUGAGGCUUGACAAAGUAGACAACCAGCUGUACCACAUUUUCUGUAAACGCAUUGUUAGCAAGUGGCCAAUAGACUUGGUGAAAUUUCCUGUUUACCCUGGUUUUGUUUUUAAGUUCAAGCCUUUAGUUUAAAAAAAAAAAUAUUAGGAUAUGUAGUAAUCUAGAAUACAGACAGGACAUAGUAUCUUGUCAACUUUCCCUGGAAGAUAAAAAUAUUUAGGAAGCCUUUGAAAAACACUAAAUUGUACUCUUAAGGUCAAGCCAAUUUUAUGAAACAAUGUUCCACAGAGUAACAUUGCUGCAGAGUAACAUGCUGCAGUGUAAGAAAAGAUACUCAUAUCUCUAACAUUAGGACAGUAAUAAGGUUUAGCCUCUUAGGAGUUGGGAUGGGGGUUGUGUAAUGACAAAUUUACAGACUAUAGAAAUAGUUUAAUUUGUUGUGACCCCACAGAGUGUCAAAUUAAUUUUUAUUUCACUACCUGCUAGAGCCUACUGUGACGCCACUGCUCCACAUUUGCCAGUGGAGGAAAUGGGCAUCAAAGUAGAAUAGCUUCCCGUGUUUACAGGUUGACAUAGACGACACACAGUUGUAUGUCAUGUGUUUAUGGCAUGUAGCUGGUAUUUGUUCCCAAAGGUAACGUUGCUGUAAUGGAUCUCAUCACCCCCCUGUGACAGAAACACAAAAGCACUUUUGAUCAUAGAAUUUUUUUUUCUUCAGAAGCCAAAUUAACUUGCAGAAUUACAGAGCCAUUUGUUUAAUGUUUCCUCAAGAUAGUUUUCAGUGCAGUCGGUAGUCUGUGUGUUAGUAGAAAUGGCUCAACACCUGCAGCUGGUGAAUUCAGAGUUUUAUCUGUUGCCUUUUUGUAUUAGAUCAGGUGCAAGGUUUUUAAUGCAUAGUCAGUGUGUACCACUGCAGGCAAAUUAGGUAUCAUUAGCACUAGAAACUACAAUUUUGGAAACUUAAGGCUAAGUUAAUUUGGAUUUGUGAUUUGAUUAGCCCACCAAAGUUUUCUUCUGUUCAGAGUGCUUAUAGGCGUAAUGAGCUAAAUGUCAUGCGUAUUUGUGAAGAAACAUCCUUUUUGGUCCCUUUUGGGGAUGAGAGGCACUCCUCGAUCUUUAUGAAUGACAGGUUCCUGUUUUGCCUUAUUGCUUAACUUAAUGUAGUGAAAUAAAGCAGACAAAGCUUGAGUGUG